AUGGUCCACCACGUCCAGUUUGUCGAUAGCUUUGCCGACCUUCCUUCCACUGCUCCAGCCAAUCACCCCCACAUCAUCGAUCUCACUACCUUCAAGGAGAACGACGGCGGGGUCACCACCGACAUCAAGAUCCAAGACGCCAUCGUUACAACUCUUCAUAAAAUCUCCAAGAAUACUCUCACCAAGUUCUUCCAUCCCACCAAGCUCUUCCACAUGGACUUUGAAUCUAAGACCGAUCGCUACUACAAUCGUAUCAUUGUCAAGAAGAGAGGCAACGAAGUUCUGGUGGGCCAGUACGCCAAAGUUCAGGAUUGGCUGGAGUUCGAUAAUCUCCUCCGUUGCUCUAUUGAUGCGACCGGAGCCUGGAAGAUCACCUACGCAGCCUACCGCGACUACUUCUCCGUCGAAAUGAUCGGCUUCUUCAUGUGGGAGAAUGUCUGGGCAGGAAACAGGGUCAAUGUCGGUGGUCACUUGGCGGCUCUCCGCUUCGAGACUACUGAAGGCCAGCCGGAGCGAGCAAUGUUGGCCACGCAGGUUGCUGAUCACCUGCUGGCAGGUCAUUACUGGGACUCUACUCGCUGGACCAGGGAGUUCCAUUGGGAGUAA